AUGUGCCUUGGAAUCAGCACUAUUUUCAGGGCUUGGAGGGAACGGGGCCUUGACAAGAACGAGGACAUCAAAGAAAAUCAGGAUCUAUAUGAUUUGGGCAAGAAGAUCGUCAGUAGAGAACCAAGCGCAGCAGAGGAAAUGCGCAUGCCAUGCGUACCCGACUCAGGAUCUGAAAACAUAGACGGAGACACAAGGGAUGAAGGCCUCGUGGACACGGACUGGGAAACGAUCACCAGUGAUUCUGACACCGGCGACUGGGAAACAAUCAACAGUGAUUCUAACACCGACGACGGGGCUUAUACCUGCAAAAUUACCGGCCAAAACACCAUCUACAGCACGAGUGGAGUGGAAGUUUUGACGCCAGAUCUGCCCAGCAGAAUUUACAGCUGGGAAGUCAAACUCAUUGCCAACUUACGGCAAAGCCGAUUCAUUGCUUUGCCGGACGAGAUUUUGCUACAAAUCAUGCACGAGUCCGAGCUCAGCGACCUCUACAUGCUGCGACAACUCCCCGAGUGGCUUGACGAUGGACGAGUUCGUGGUGAGGGCUGCGAAGGAGCAGGCAUUCUGUCAGGCUUGCCGUACAUCAAGGGAGUCGGCAGAUUUCAGAAAGCGUCUGUCGAAGCUGGAUGA